GUGGCAUGGAUUUAAAUGUCUUAGAAUUGUCACUCUGCUUCAGCACAGUAUAACAAAUAUGUUUGGCUCUUUUUAAGUGGCAGGGGUGAACAUGAAUCAUCCUCAGUGUGUGUUGUUCUGGUUUCAUAAUGACGUAGACAGUUGGGAAACAAUUAUAAACUGGAAAUGUGAGAGCAUCCUGGACAACAGUGGUGUCUUUUAAGUCACAUGAAGACCUGAACAAAUUGUCUAUCUGGAGAAAUAAAAACAGCCCUUGCAGUGAACUGUCGCUGUGUUAUGAAUAGGGAUCGAGGCAGUGCUAUCAGACGCUCCUCAGACACUGUGGUUCACAGACGCUCCAACCAGCAUGAACACGAUUUUCAUCAUCGGCCAUAUCAUCGGCAUCGUCCCCAUGUCCGUCGUGCUCCUCUUCUUCCUUGCCAAGCUGGUUUCCCGCCACCGCAGCAGCCAUGUGCAGGACGGUUACGGCUACGCUGUGCUGAUAACUGGCUGCGACAGCGGCUUCGGAUAUCAGCUGGCUCGCUCUUUGGACCACAAAGGGUUUGUGGUCUUUGCCGGGUGUUUGUCUCCAGAAGGAGCUGGUGCCCAGAGUCUGGCCAGACAGAGCUCCAGUAAUCUGAAAAUCCUCAAGCUGGACGUCACCAGAGAUGAAGAUGUGCAGCAGGCGAAGAAGACGGUCCAGGAGAGCCUGCCAGAGAAGGGGUUGUGGGCAGUCGUGAACAACGCUGGCAUCACCGACUGGGCUGAGAUCGAAUGGAGCACUAUCGAAGAUUACCACGCCAUGCUCGACAUCAACCUGUUCGGCGCCAUCAGGACCUCUUUUGCAUUUCUACCUUUGGUUCGUGCCACCAAAGGCCGGAUGGUUUACAUGUCGAGCAUCUUUGCCUUCUUCAACUGCCUGAACAUGGGAGCUUACAGCGUGUCAAAGAGAGGCCUGGAGGCGUUCGCAGACUGCCUACGGGUUGAAAUGGCCAGUUUUGGUGUGAAGGUCAGCAUCAUCCAGCCGGGUAAUUUUGGCCAAGCCACGAACAUCCUGAGGAUGAAAACAGGUUUGGAUAUUUGGAAGAAGUUGGACGACGAAAAAAAGCAAAUCUUCAACCGCCAGUACAUCGAUCUGGCCAACGAGUACUUCAUGUCCACAUGCAGGACGGGUUUCAAGAACCCUGACAUGGUCAUCGAUGCCUUGCUGCACGCCAUCACGUCCGGUCAGCCUAAGCACAGAUACGUGUUGGCCUCUGUGAUGGAUUCGUUUUUCUUCCAGCUCUUCCCUUUUCUCCCCAGCGUCCUCACCGACGCUGUGUUUUCUUUCAGCUCCAUGUACACUAAAAGAAAAGAAAUGCUUUACGCUAAACAGUGAAAGACAGGAGCAAAGGAAUGGAAGAAUCUGCAUGAAUAUAAUAAUAACAUUAUAGUAAUCUUUAUUUGUAGAGUACUGUUCAAAACAUAGUUACAACAUGCUUUACAGGACAACAUAACAUAUACACCGUAUACUGUAAUAACACCUUCCUGAAAAAGCGGAUAUAUGUGAUGAUUCCAUUUUGAAUAAAUACACUUUGUGUCUGUUGGAA